AUUAGUUUGUUUUUUGACGUGACCCUAUUGAGUCACUUUUAGUUUUUUAUUGUGUGAAUUAUAAUGGCAGAUAUGAAAGGUAGUAGUAGAGAGAUGAGAACAGUAAUUUCUGAUGUUAUUCCUACAACAUCAAAGAUUACUGAACACAAACUGGGUGGAAAAUUUUUUUGGAUUGGAGUAAAACUAUUUGGAUAUAUCUGCGCAGCAUUGAUAGAGAUGAUCAUCUCACUGAUGACCCACCCGUUGAUGGGGAAGAAAAGAAGGUUUGGCUAAGGGAAGAUGCAAAAUUAUUUUUGCAGAUCCGAAAUUCUAUUGAUAAUGAGAUAGUCAAUCUCAUCAAUCAUUGUGAGUUUGUUAAAGAUCUUAUGGAUUAUUUGACAUUUUUGUAUUCUUGUAAGGGUAAUUUAAAUCAUAUAUAUGAUAUUUGCAAGGAAUUUUACCGUCCAGAAAAACAGCAGAGAUCCCUUACAGAAUAUUUUAUGGAUUUUAAACGUGUGUAUGAGGAAUUGAAUUCUCUCCUUCCUUUUAGGACUGAUGUAAAAACUCAACAGUCUCAACGGGAACAAAUGGCUGUAAUGAGUUUUCUUGCAGGAUUACCAGUUGAGUUUGAUGCUGCUCGAACACAAAUUCUCUCUAGCCCAGAGAUUGUUUCCUUCCAUGAUACUUUCACACGAGUGUUGAGAACCGAGGGAUCUUUGUCUACUUCCAAUGUUACCGGUGCUCUCGUGAGUCGAAGUGGAGUUGGUCGAGGAAAUAAUGGUAGAAACAGUGGCAAAAAUGGGACUGGUGGGGUUGUUGGUCUGGACAAUACAACUCAAAUCAACGAGUCUGUUAGCACUGUAAGAAACCAUGCCAUACCAUACGUACGUGUUGGGACCUUCAUGGUAGACCUCAACAGCAACCCCCGUUUGCAAAUUUCGCAACCCAGGAAAACAAUUAUGUGCCUUCUGACAAAUUCAUACUCAUCUCUGCUGAUGAGUUUGCCCGCUUUACCGAGUUCCAGGCCUCACAAAAAUCUGCUAACCCAUCUUCUAGUACCAAUCCUCCUUCUAUUGAUUACUCAGGAUCUUAUGACGGGGAAGAUUAUUGGUAAAGGACGUGAGUCUGGCGGCCUGUAUACACUUGAAACCCGUUCAUCGAAAGUGCAGAAACCUGUUGCAUGUUCUUCUACCUUGACUCCUCUUGAAAUUCACUGUCGUUUGGGUCAUCCAUCUUUACCCACAUUGAAGAAGUUGUGUCCAAGUUUUCAGAAUUUAUCCCAUUUAAAUUGUGAGUCAUGCCAAUUUGCCAAGCAUCAUCGUUUGCCAUACUUGUCUAGAGUCAAUAAACGGGCUACAUCAUCUUUUGAAUUAGUGCACUUUGAUAUUUGGGGCCCUUGUCCAAUAGUAUCUAAAUCUGGUUUUAAGUAUUUUGUCACUUUUGUUGAUGACUACUCUCGUGUUACUUGUAGUCAGGGGGAGGAAGAUAAUAUUCUAGUCUACACUGUUACAACUACUGGUCCUACCAGACCACCGAUCACUCAAGUGUAUUCUCGUUGUCCUCAACACAUAGACUCACAUCCUCCACCAUCUUCUCUGUCUACAGAUUCGAGUCCUGAUCCAUCGCUUCCUCAGUCUCUAGAUUCCAGUCUUGAUUUGCCUAUUGCUUUAAGGAAAGAUUCAACAUCUCUUCCUCAACGCUUAUCUAAGGCUUUGGAACAUCCUGAUUGGCGGGCUGCUAUGGAGGAAGAAAUGAUGGCUCUAGAUAAUAAUGUCAAUCAUGAUGGCUCUGUUGCUCGCCUCAAAGCUCGUCUUGUUGCAAAAGGGUAUGCUCAGACAUAUGGGGUGGAUUACUCAGACACGUUUUCUCCAGUAGCAAAACUUAUCUCUGCUCGAUUAUUUAUUUCCCUUGCUGCUACUAAUAAUUGGCCCUUAUUCAGUGAGGUGGUUGAAGAGUUUGGCAUGAAGAAGUGUAAUACUGAUCAUUCUGUCUUUUAUCAACAAUCUGAAGUUGGUAUUAUCCUAUUAGUGGUUUAUGUUGAUGAUAUUGUUAUUACUGGUAGUAAUAAUACAGGAAAGCUAGGUGCUAAGCUAUGUAGUGCACCAAUAAUUCCCAACAUGCAACUUACAGCAGAUGGUGGGGAGUUAGUCUCAGAUCCUGAAAUGUACCGGAGGUUAGUCGGAAAAUUGUAUUAUCUUACUGUGACUCGUCUGGACAUUGCAUAUUCGGUUCUAAAAUUGAUCAAAGAUCUACAAUUGGAUAUUGUGUCUUCGUUGGAGCGAGAGUGGACAUUCUUCGAUUUGAGUGUCUGGUAUUAUUUCAAAAACUGGUCUAAUAUUGCUAAUUGA